AUGCAUGCCUGGUGUAGUAACGCUAAGGGAAUAAGUCCCACGCAAAUAUGGUCCAUGUCAGGAAGUAUUGGAAUCUUUGAGGGACGUGGAAUUGUGGUGAUGUAUUUGUCAAACGCCCAACUGCUUAAAUUCCACCCUCGUGCCAGCUCGCCUGCUCUAUACAAUUGCCUCAACAGAAUUUGUACCGUUGCUACCCCUGAGCUGGCUUCUAAGGCCAAGAUCGCUGUGGAUAAUGGCAUCUAA